UUCAUUAUAUAUAGUUCAAGAACAUCUAUUGCCAAAAAAAUUGAUACCCAUGUAGAGAAAUGAAGUUAAUUUAGCCUACAAAAAGUUAAGGAAUUUUUGAGCCAUUGUAGAUUUCUGAUUCAGAAUUCCAUUUUAAUGGAGAAUAAAGGGUAUUUUAUUUCAAACCAGCAGCAUCAGCAACACAAUUUCUCAGCAACUGAAGUUUCAGGUGAAAAUGAAUUGUACCAAGAGUUAUGGAGAUUGUGUGCAGGUCCAUUAGUUGAUGUUCCAAAAAAUGAAGAAAGGGUUUACUAUUUCCCACAAGGUCACAUGGAACAAUUGGAGGCAUCAACAAAUCAGGAGCUGAAUCAGAGAAUACCAUUGUUCAAUCUGCAACCAAAGAUCCUUUGUCGCGUUCUUCACAUUCAACUUCUGGCUGAGCAAGAUACUGAUGAGGUUUAUGCGAAGAUUGCUUUGUUGCCCGAAGCAGAUCAAGUUGAGCCGACUAGUCCUGAUCCGUCCCUGCCCGAGCCUCCGAGGCCCAAAGUUCAUUUCUUCUGCAAGGUUCUAACUGCAUCUGAUACGAGCACUCACGGUGGAUUUUCCAUUCUCAGGAAACAUGCUAACGAAUGCCUACCUCCCCUGGACAUGAACCAAACGACUCCAGCACAGGAAUUGGUCGCCAAGGACCUUCAUGGCUUCGAGUGGCACUUUAAACAUAUAUUUAGAGGCCAACCCCGGAGGCAUUUACUUACCACAGGGUGGAGUACCUUUGUUUCCUCGAAGAGAUUAGUUACGGGGGAUUCUUUUGUAUUCUUGAGGAGGGACAAAGGUGAAGUCCGAAUAGGAAUUAGACGACUUGCUCGCCAACCGAGCUCAAUGCCACAAUCAGUGAUUUCAAAUCAGAGCAUGCACCUAGGAGUGUUAGCUACUGCAUCUCAUGCUGUGACGACCCAGACUAUGUUUGUUGUUUAUUACAAACCGAGAACAAGUCAGUUUAUCGUAGGCCUAAACAAAUAUCUUGAGGCUGUUAAGCAUCGGUAUUCAGUUGGCAUGAGAUUCAAGAUGAAUUUUGAAGGGGAAGAGUUUCCUGAGAAAAGAUUUACAGGUACCAUAGUAGGAGUUGAAGAUAGUUCCUCACAGUGGAAAGAUUCAAAAUGGCGAUCAUUGAAGGUUCAAUGGGAUGAGCCUGCAUCUGUUUCAAGACCUGACAGAGUUUCUCCUUGGGACAUUGAACCAUUUGUGGCGUCAGUCGCUACUCCUCUCGUUCCACCAAUGGGGGUGAAGAAUAAAAGGCAUCGAGCACAUAACGAACCCAAAACUUCAGAACCUGUCCCUGCAGCUGCACUAGCCGCUUGGAUUCCUUCAACGCAAUUUAACCCCGUUAUUGAAGGACAAAGUAGUGAUAAUCCAUUUUCUUUGCAUACUUCACAAACACAUUCAACUACCAACAGUACUUUUAAGGCUCAUGAAGAUGGAAUUUGGUCAGCUUCUAAAGUAAGUGCUUCUUUGAAUAUGCUUUUGGAUGAGACAGAAGGCAGUAAAAGUGCUUCACCUCGGCCUGCUUUUCCGAGCUUUGCGUCCUCACAAUUCGGAAAGCAAAACGAUCUCCUGCUUCCUUGCCUAGACGAUGAGAGAAAACGUGAUACAAUUACAUCCUGUAGAUUGUUUGGUAUUGACUUGAAAUGUCCCUCAUUUGGUUCUGUUAAUGAGAAUCCGCCUCUAGAACCAGCCAACAAUUCUGAUGGCUCUGCUGAAGGGUGCUCUGGAAACACGACUUCUGCUGGUGAUUCAGAAGACAACUCUGGCCUUUCAAGAGAUUCCGAAGAUCAGAAGCAAGAGCAGCUGAAUCUGCCACCAAAGGAGGUUCACAUCAAGCAGAUCUCUUCCACCAGAACUCGCACCAAGGUUCAAAUGCAAGGCGUAGCUGUGGGACGUGCUGUGGAUUUAACAAAACUGAGUGGAUACGAUGAGCUCCUAAAGGAACUCGAAGAGAUGUUCGAUAUCCAGGAAGAGCUCCACGCACGAAAUAAAUGGGAGAUCGUUUUUACUGACGAUGAAGGUGAUAUGAUGCUUAUGGGCGAUUAUCCUUGGCCAGAGUUCUGCAACAUCGCAAAGAGGAUCUUCAUUUGUUCUAGUCAAGACAUGAAAAGUUUCAGUGCAAGAACCAAAUCGCUGUCUUGUUUAGAAAGUGAAACAACUACUUCAACAUGAAAACCGCUCAUAAGCUACAUUACUUACAUCUGUCAGGAGCGAAGACUCCAUUUCGUCCUUGAUCGUGUUUUCCCAAUUGUGACCUUCAUUUCUUAAAAAGUUUCGGCCUUGUUGACUGCCAACAGGUAUCUGCAAUCUUCAAUAAUAACGCUUAGAGGAUGAGACUCCAUGUCGUCUUGUUGAAUAAGCUUGACAACAAGCAAAUAGUUGAAUCUUUUUUCAUCAUUUAGUGGAGUUAGUAUUAGAAGCUUGUGUAUAUGUAAUUUAAUGAUUCUGGUGGAAGUUUGGUUGUUGUAUCUCUGUGGUUGUACUUACUCAAGUGGGGUUGUUGCAACAGGAAAAACUUACUUACAUCUAGUGUUUAUGUAAAAUCAAUAAGUAUAUGAGGCGUAUAUUCUAUAUAUACGCGUUUAUCGCUUAAAUUUGUUUGAU